UCCCGCAUGGGCCAAAAGCUUGAAAAUCCGUCACUUAGACGGUAGUUCACGCGGACGUUGUUUGCAUCCGUGCUGUGUACCGUUGUCGUCGUCGUCGUCGUUCCCGCCUCCGCCGCUGUUGCCGCCGUACGCGUGUUUCGCAGCGUUCCGAACAAAAUAAUAAACGAUCAUAAUAAUAUAUUAUAUUAUUCAUCGUAGAAGUUUCUAGGAUCGUCUCGUUAACGAAAAUAUAAUAUAGGUGGAAAAUGCAAUCAGAAUCAAGUUCACUCCAUACUCUUACAAGACAAACCAAAAACAAAGAGCUAUGGCUGAGAGCUAUACAUCGAAUUCACAGCCAGAAAAAACGGACUCAACAGGUUGACUUACAAAAGACAAAUUCUGUUUCAAACAUAACAGUGGAUACAUUUGAUGGUACAGACUACAACACUAACAAUACAUCACAAGUUCCAAUCGAGUACACGGAGCCUGUGUUCAAAAAAGGCAGAGUUUACAAAGGCAUUUAUUGUCCGACGCUCACCAACAGUUUUCGAGAACCCAGUCUCGAGCUAUCGUAUCAGAGAUACUCGCACAGACAACGGCAGAAGUCCUUAAUCAUCGUUAAUUUCGUCGACAUGACACUUAAAGCAGUCUUAGCCGGUGUGUGGCUGUUGCCGACCUACCACGAGCCGUACCACAGCCAAAGAGCCAUAUGGACGUGUCUGACAAUGUUCGCCAAUCUCACCGUGUGUCUGCUCGGUUGGUGGAAAUGCUUCGCCAACAACUACCUCCAGUGGGCAGCGGUUUUCACGUGGUGUUUCAUCAACGUACAAGGUUUCGUAUGGGAGAGUUAUGGCCAAGGAUCUAGAGAAUAUCUUGUGUGGUACGUGUUGUUCAUCGUUUUCGUUACUUAUGCUAUGCUACCGCUUCCACUGAGAUGGUGCAUACUGGCUGGUUGUUCAACCGCGUUGUUACACAUACUCAUCACGAGUUACACGAAAUCGUCGAAAGAAAAAAAUAGACUGUGCGUCGUUCGCCAGCUAACCGCAAUGAGUUUGUUGUACGCUGCCGUCAACUUUGCCGGAAUGUAUACAAAGUACUUAACGGACCGAAGUCAACGAAAGGCGUUUUUGGAAACGCAUAGGUCCACCGAAGCCCGGUUCAAGACUCAAAAGGAAAACGAACAACAAGAAAAACUUUUACUUUCGGUUUUACCUGAUUUCGUGGCUAGGGAAAUAAUUAAAGACAUCGCUUCUGAAACGGACAAAGGGCCUUUUAUGCCAAAUCAAUUUCACCGAAUCUACAUUCAUCGCUACGAAGACGUCAGUAUUCUUUUUGCCGACAUUAAAGGUUUUACGGAAUGGGCGAGUCGUACUUGUGCUCAAGAAUUAGUCAGGGUACUGAACGAUCUAUUCGCUAAUUUCGAUAAACUAGCUGCGGAAAACCACUGUCUUCGUAUCAAGCUUUUGGGCGAUUGUUAUUAUUGUGUAUCAGGUCUUCCUCAAACUAGACAAGAUCACGCCGUGUGUUGUGUAGAAAUGGGUUUGCAUAUGAUAAAUGCGAUCAAGGAAGUGAGAAAUAAAUUGAACGUUGAUUUAAACAUGCGCAUCGGAAUACAUUCCGGGUCGGUUCUUUGUGGAGUCUUAGGACUCAGGAAGUGGCAGUUUGACGUGUGGUCUUACGACGUGACAUUAGCCAAUCACUUGGAGUCUGGCGGAAUACCUGGACGUGUUCACAUAUCUAAGGCUACUCUGGAUUGCUUAGAAGAAGCCUACGAUACGGAACCCGGUCAUGGGGAAAAUCGCGACGCUUAUUUAAGGGAUCACGGAAUUCAAACGUUCUUGAUUAAAGAACAAGAGCCAUGUCGAGGUCACCGAAAGCUACAGAAAAUUAGUUCUUCAAGGCCACGUUUAUGGUCGGAUGAGAAAUUGUGUUUCAACUCCAAUGUGCAGAAACUUAUUUCACCAAAAAUUGAGGAUUAUAUCGAUGACAACAAAUGCAACGAAUGGACACCGGAAAUACCAUUUGAAAAUUUAAAUACAAGUGAUCAAGAACUGGAAAUCGAUGACGGUGAAUGUGGUACUCCUAUGACGAUCGAAGGAGACGUAGAACAUGCCGAAGAUAUUAUGGAUCAUUGUAUCGAAGUCGAGAGUAAUGAAAGAAUGAGAAACGAAAACAUAGAUCGAUGGACUUUAAGGUUCAAACAACCAGAAAUCGAAACUAAAUUUUGUCAGUUACGCGAAGACAUGUUUAAAUCAAACAUGGCGUGUUGUUUUAUCAUAUGGUUGUUGGUCGUAUGUUGUCAAACGAUCAUGUUGCCCCGAUGUAUGAAACUAUUGGUCGCCUUGGCAUUCACCACCGUCGUGCUUUGCGCUGCACUGACACUUGUCAUGGCAGAAGAGUUCAUGCACUUGCCGUCCGCUUUGCAAAGGAUGUCCUCAGUGUUGGUGCAAAACCGGUUCAGGCGGACAAUGUUCAUUUGUGCUGUAGUCGGACUUAUAUGUUUUUCUUCCACUCUGAGUCUCCUGUUUACGCCCGAUGAGCACCUAAUCAGGAAGGAGGACGACUCCAAUGGUGACGACGGCAGAAGGACGAAACGGCGAACCGAAGAGUCCAACGACUGUGUGCACCCCGAGUACUUGGUAUUCACGUGGGUCCUGUGCCUAAUAGCCUUAGCCACCACGCUCAAGCUAUAUUUCCUGGUCAAGACUUUUCUGGCGUCCAUCAUGGUGGCCGUGUACACGGGGCUCACGUCGCUGGUCUACCCACAGGUGUUCUCGCAGACCGACACCGAACACCGGACCAUGCCGCUGUCGUCACAGAUGCUGUUGCUGUUGAUCGUGUUCCUGGUGCUGGUGGCUUAUCACGCCCGGUUGGUAGAGGUCACGUCCCGGCUGGACUUUCUGUGGAAACGGGAAGCUGAACGUGAACUGACCGAAAUGCGCGAGACUCGGACCAACAAUCGGCAACUGUUGCGCAAUAUACUGCCCGAUCAUGUCGCCCACCAUUUCUUGUCGUCCUCGCGCAGGCACACUACAGACGAACUGUACUCGCAGUCCAUCGAUAAGGUUGGCGUUAUGUUCGCAAGUAUACCGAAUUUCACAGAAUUUUAUUCGGAAGACAUAAACAAAGGCAUGGAAUGCAUCAGGUUGCUGAACGAAAUUAUAGCCGACUUCGAUGAAUUGUUAUCGGAAACGAAAUUUGGUUCGAUUGAAAAAAUCAAAACCGUCGGUGCUAGCUACAUGGCCGCGUCUGGGUUAAAUCCUAGUGUUAAGGACGGAGAAGACGAAUACGGUCACCUUUGCGCUCUUGUCGAUUUCGCAUUAGCUAUGAAACAAUGUUUACAAGAUGUCAAUGUGCACUCGUUUAAUAACUUUCAGCUCAGGGUUGGAAUAAGCUGCGGUGCCCUAGUGGGCGGAGUCAUCGGAGCGCGGAAACCCGUGUACGACAUAUGGGGAAACACCGUGAACGAGGCUUCCAGGAUGGAUUCCACGGGCACUAUGGGCCGGAUACAAGUACCCGAGAGCACGGCCAAGAUCCUAAUGGACCGGGGUUACGAGACGGAGUUCCGGGGCUCGAUCGCGGUCAAGGGCAAGGGAGAGAUGAAAACGUACUUCGUGGUGGGCAAAAAGGGAGCAGUGGCGAACAGCCUGAGUCGGCAGUCCAGUCAGAUCAGCAGCUUGGCAACCGUCGUCUACGGAAUGGUGCAAGCCAGACGCCGGCAAAACACAGUAAAAAAAAGACAUUUUCAUCAUGUUGCAGGCAACAACAACCUGACGCGUACCAAGUCGCAAUACCACCGCACGCACCCCGGCCGGUUGGUGAACUUUAGCAGUUUUCGCGUGUCCAACCGGCACCAACAACACCCGCAGCAACAGCAGCCACAGCAGCAACAAAACACGUGCCACGACGGUGCCGGCGGCGGUGCGAGCGCCGCGGUGGCUAGGGCCGUAGCGGCCGGCGGCAGCCGCCUGCUGUCGGCGUCGGCUUUCGGCAACACGCUGCAGCAACACCGUCAGCUGCAGCAACAGAAACGCGACGCGGCAGCGCAACAGCUGCAGCUCCAGUGCGACGGCGGGACGUCGGCGGUUGCGCGAGCCGACUCCCGCAAGAGCCACCGCAAGUCAGCCGCCGCCGCCGCGGCCGGUACGUCGCUCAGGUACUGCAAGUCGGUGUCGCCCAUCGCCGAGAAACCACCGGCACGCCAAAGCCCGCCCAGGUCGGCGUCCAUGAACCUCCAGCCCCGUAACUUCGCGGCGGCCGACUCGUGCUUGAGGUGAUGAUGACCCGCGGCAGGUGUUUGCGGCGUGGCGUGGCGCGGUGGAGUGAGUGACAUUAUGAGUGGAACAGAGUCCGUAACAUAAUAUAAAAUAUGUUAUAAUAUUAUGUACCUACACGCGGGAGCGAAUGUGUAAUGGGGGUGUCCAGGGGUUGCUAAAAUACUUGUACGCUAUAUUGAAAUGUCGAUAUAAAUAUUGUAUUAUAGCUCUAAAAUCACAUUAAGUUUACCUACCUUUAUGUAUAAGAAAAAUCGAUUUUGCGUGUAAACGUGUUUUUGUACAUCCUACCCAACUAAAUAUACCUACAGAAAUUAAUUGGAGCAUUAGCGUCCUCUAGAGUCCAACCGCUUGUCGUUAGUGGGUGAAGGGGGUUUUUAAUACAUGUAUGCGUGUACCUAUGGGAAUUCAUUCGAAAGGAUCUAAUGGGUCACGAGUUUGAGUGAAAUUGUCUCAUAUACCUAGUAAAUUUAUCUCUUUGUACAUAUAAUUAAAAUGUAUACAAUAUAAAUUAAAUAUUUUAAAAUACUCAUAGUAUCAUUAAAGGAUUCUAUACCAAAGUGUAGCUGAAGACGGAAUAUCCACGGCCAACAUACGAAUCCAGAAAAAAAGUCACGGUAAAAAAAGUUCUGAAAAAAAGUCAAUACAUUAAUAUCAAUGUACGUAGUACAUAUACAUAAUUAUAGUAGUUAAUAAACCAUUGUAUAAAUAAAAAUAUUAUCUAUAAUACUAUAAUACAGUCGAUAGGUAGCUUAUAAAAUUAGAAAACAUUCAUAUUUUUAAUGUAAGUUCAUUGUCAAAAGUAAUACCCAGUACCUACCUAUACACUGAGUACAGCCAGUAGCUAAUAUACAAUUAAAAAUCAUUUUAUCACACUUUUUUCUUUUAAUAUUAUUAUUUAUUGCUAUAUAUUACACCGGAUUUUGUUCAAUUAUAUAUUUUUAUUGACUAUAGCCAAUACAGGUACAUUUUGUAAUCGUUUUUAUACGUUAGGUGUACAAGUUUUCCCUAGCUUUGUUCUGCUACUCGACUCCCCUACACCAUCUAAAGCCAAUUUUACUUCGUUCGCAGAAAUUAAGAUUUAAUUUUCCUAAUUAAUUUCCAAAUAGUUAUUGGAUCUUGGAUGUUUAUGUUCACAGACCUUUGCUGCAAACCUGUUAUUUCACCCUUCAGUCACAUUGUUAUUUUUCUGUGGCCCCCCUACUAUAGAGUAGUCGUCUAAACAUUCCACGAGGAAGGUGGUAAAAAUAUAGAUGAAACUUUGUUUACCAAAUAUUGUUUUAGGACUUUUUACCCGAGUUUUUUUCUCGCAGACCUCAAAUAAUAGACGGUACGGACACGACAAUUUAUGUUCAAAAUCUAUAAAUUGAAAAAUGUAUAAAAAUCAAAUGUCAAACACUCUUUGCGCCUAUAAUGAUUCAUCUAAAUCAAUACUAAACAAAUUGUAUUAAAUUAUUAAAUAUUUUAAUAAUAACACUAAAUAUUUACUAAGUUUUAAAAUCGAAUGUUCCAUCAAUAAUCAAUAUCAAAAAUAUGCAAUAAAAAAACCUGCAUAAUAUUAUUUACUACCCACCUAUUAUUAUAAAAUAUAUGUGUAUCGAAUUACAUUUUAAAUAUACUAAUUUCUUAGAAAUAUGGAUUGCAUAAAAUUUCGAACCCUGGACUAUUGUUACUACCUAAUAUACCUAUUACACACAUAACACAUUAUAUUACCUAUACACCGUGAUCUGAGCUUGGUGAACUUUGAUUAUAUUAUAUUAUAUUACAAAUUACAAUUACCUAUAUUAUUAUUAGAUAUAUAUUAUUAACUUAUAAGUACGACAAAAAAUCUUCAUGAAAAAAUUUUUUUUAUUUGUCCUUGGAUAUUUUACCCAAAAAGGUACCUACCCACAUGUUCCUGCAUAGUGCAUGUCCUUGUAAUAUAUAUUUGUAUACCUACCACUAUAUUUUUGUAUUGUAAACCGAUUUUGAAUGGGUAUUUAUUGAAAAGGACUUUUUUUACAUUUUUACAUUAACUUUUCAAGAAAAACAAUCAUUUUUUUUUUUUAAUAUUGCGGAUAUUUACUUUUUUAUUUAAUUGAAUAAAAUAGGUACAUCAUAGGUGAUACGUGUCAACUGUAGAAGUGGUUUAUUAAGUGAUUUCUACCUAUGGGUAUGUUAAAUAUUAAAAUUUGUACACGGAAAAAAAAAUUACCAUAAUAUUAUAGUUAAGCGAAUUAUAGUAAAUAUAACUAUUUAAUAGGUAAAAUAACUAAAAUGAUUUACUUAUUAUUACUAUAUAAAUAUAGUUAUUAGUUAUGGUUAAGUUUGCUAUAUUUUAUAGUUAAUGCAGUUUUUAAUGUUUGAAUUAACUAAAAAAUAUAGUUAAAAUAGCAUAUUUCAGUUCGAAUAACUAUAAUAACUUGACUAUAAUAUUUUAGUAAAUCUGAUUAAUCUUAUAGCUAUUCCUAAAGCAAUUAUAAUGUACAGUCAAUCCUACUAUUUUUAUAGUACAAACAACUGUUUUGUUUAUUCCGUGUAAAAAUGGACCUAUCACCGACGUCACUUUUGAGUACGACUGUUUUUAAAGAAAUUAAAGCAUUUUUUUAUAUACAGGAUUAAUUUAGCAUGUACUCAGUAUGCUCAUUCCCUUUUUCUUCUAUCAUGCAGUUAUCUGAUUUUCAGAAUUUUUAAAUAUAGAUUGGUGCUUAUUUAUUAAGAUCACAUCUGCUGUGGAGAUACAAACUUCUAUCUUUAAAAUGAGAACUCUCUUUUCCACUGUAAAUUAUUUAGCAGACAAAAUUCUGAACACUUUGACGCAGGUACGCCCUAUCCAAAUCAAAAUUCAAACAUGCAGUAUUUGAGUUUUUAAACAUUGUGUAUAUACAAGGCACAGGUAAUAUGUCCAUGAUAAUGGGUUUUGUAAAACCAUUUUUAAGGACUAUCUGUUAUAUCCUUAGUAUAAACAAUAUAACAUUCAAUCGAAAUUAUAAUGAUGGAUCUUAAAAUGGAAAUUAAUUAAGAGGAUGUCAACGCACUAUUUAUUUUCUCUCACUGACCCAUGUGCAACACAGACAAAACGCAUUUGCGCAGAAUCGUUUUUCCCAUGUUUUUGAGUAAUCUUAGAGUAAAAUCAAUCAUUACAAAAAGAUAAAGUAUAAUAGUAUUUUUGAGGGAAUGACAUAUCGAUUUGUCUAAAUAUUAUUUCAAAGCAAUUUAAACAUCAUUUAAAUUUACAACAUUUUUUUUUGUUUAUUUUGAAAGUCGAAUACAAAGUCAAAUAACAAUAAAAUAUGAAAUCGAUAUGUCAUUCUCUCUAAAAUAUUACUCUCUAUCUUUUUGUAAUGGGUUAUUUUACUCUAAAAUUACUUAAAAACAUAGAAAAAAUGAUUCUGCGUAUAUUAUGCGUUUUGUCUAUGUUACGCGUGAGCCAGAGAGAGAAAACAAAUGGUGCACUGACAUUCUUGAGAACAAAUAACUAAACAACAUAACGUUAUCGUUUUUCUUGAAAAGUUAUUAAAAAUGUAUAUAGGAUAUUGUCCACAAAUACCCAUUCAUAUUAUACCUACAUAAGCAGCACUGUUUGAAAACCAGAAAGCGCUGUCCCUAACUCAUCAACCUAGUCGUAAUAUAUAAUAUUAUGAUUUAUAACACAUUACUAUUAAUUAUUAUUAUUAUAAUGAUACUGCGGGCUUAUAGACAUAUUACCGGCCAUUUAUCGCUGUGAUAGAUUAUAGGUACGAACGAUUAAAAAGUAUUGUGAUUUUGUAUACGCAGGGUCGGAUUGGUAUGUAUCGGCCCGUCGAGAUUUUCACUUCAACACGGCCAUUUAAAUAUUCACUGUCCCAAGCGAGCUGAUAGGUGAAAAAUCGUAUUUUAAACAUGAAUUUUUUUCACUCACACGACCGGCCCACCGAGAUUUACUCGGUAGAUCGCCUGACCAAUCCAGCCCUGCAUAUACGUCCUACGCUCUUACUUAUAUAUAAUAUUAUAACCAUAUAGGUUACGUAUACGUUAGGCACCCAUGACGAUCAGUUUUCGUCGACGCAGUAUAUAUAUUUUUUAUUCUGUACAGUUGGCGAAACGACGAAGAUUAUAAUAUUUUAUGACAUAAGAAUGUUAUAAAAUAUAAUUACCUAUUAUACCUACAUGUCCGCUCUAUGCAGGGGCGUCUUCGGAUCAAUUCCAUGGGGGGGGGGGACAUUUUAGUCUUGCUGAUUACCGCUUUUAACAAUUAAGAAAAUUUAUAAAAUGUAUUUAUCUAUUAUCAAAAGCAGAACAUCUCACGACUUACGGGGGGGGGGGGGGGGGGGGCAAUCACCCCCCUCGGUGACGCGCAUGGCUCGAUGGAAAUAAUUGAGAAACAUCGGUAGGUGCCUACCUAAAAUUACCUACUAUAUAAUAUUAUCCACCCUCGUGGCCUCUCCGCCUUUGAAUGCUAUAAUCCACGUCCCUCUGUAAAUUUAUAUAUCAAAAUUAUUAAUUAUUAUUACUGUAAGUGUAUUGUUCAAUGUUCGUUGUACUAUUGUUUAUAUAAGUAUUAAAGGUAUUAUAAUAUAUUAUUCCCAUUUUUUACCGUGUAAUUUAACCGACGACCUUUGAAUGUGUUUAGUACCUAUCUAGUAUCUACCUGUAUUAUUACUUACCUACGUGUAUAUUGUGUUGUUUCUAUAAUUGUAAGAUAAACAUUAUUAAAAUUUUUAAAACCGUG